CAUAACGUUUUAGUUCUGCUUCGAGACGUGUGUUGGGGUGGUCGCUGUGCUGUGCGUCGGCGGCCGUGGGCGCGGCAGAAGGGUUGAAAUGAGCAACGUAUUACCAGCCUUGUCAUGUUAACGAAAUAACUACACCCCUUGAGGAGUGUGACACAUCUGGCAAGAGCGUCGAAAAUCCCUGAAGAAAGAAGUGAGAAAUAGUCUUUGAGAGUGUUGAAAAAAUCUCAAGCUUUUUUUUGUCUUCAUCGAAUAAAAAAACAAAAAAACAAACAAACAAAAACAAAAACGAAAGAAAAUCGACAACUCAAAAUAAACCAACAAGAGAAAGAGAGAGAAUAAAAAAAAGUGAAAGAAAAUCUCGAUAAGGAAUAAAUUCUAUAUUUUUUUUCAUUAUAACUGAUAAUUUCUUUUUACUGAAUUAGUGAUGGAAGAAGCAAUCAUGUUGAACUGCCAUCAUGCCUUCAAGAUCCAGGUUAUAGUAACGACCUGAAAGACACGAAUUCCAAGCCAACGACCUGAGGACACAUCGCUGAGGACGACCAGAGCGAACCAAGACGACCCACACACCAUAAAACACCAUAAAAAAACACCAUAUCAUAACAGAGGCCAUACCAUACAAACUCUCUCAUCACUAUACGCUAACAAAACAAGGACGGGAUUUUAAGCACAUCCUCACCAUCACACUACAGUGACAAAGACGUCGAUUUCACGUUCUUCACAAUCUCACACCAUCACAGCAUAGCCACCAUACCGACAGACACCAUAACAUGAUGACCGCUGUGCUGCGACCGGGCCAGGGAUGCCAACACUCCCGGUGCAUAAUAUUGUCGCUGUUGGUAGCACUGUUAGCUGCAGGCUGGGGGAAGGGCCAACCCGACUUCGCCGCCCCGCUCAACAACGUCUCGGUGCCAGUUGGAAGGGAUGCCACUUUUUCCUGCGUCGUCACCAUGCUGGGAGGCUACCGGAUGUCACCAGGAAUGGAUAAUUUACAGGUGGGCUGGGUGAAGGCGGAUACCAAAGCCAUCCAGGCUAUCCACACACACGUCAUCACCCACAACAACCGCGUCUCCGUCAGCCACAGCGACAGGAACACGUGGAUGCUGCACAUUACGGGCGUGCAGGAGGAGGAUCGAGGGCCGUACAUGUGUCAGAUCAACACGGAUCCUAUGAGGUCGCAGAUCGGCUUCCUGGAGGUGACGGUGCCCCCGGAGAUCGCCGACGAGGGCACCUCCUCCGACGAGAUGGCCCCCGAAGGCUCCAACAUCCACCUGCGGUGCCGGGCGCACGGGUACCCGAAGCCCGUGAUCACGUGGUCGCGCGAGGACCAGAAGGCGAUCGUUCUCCGGACCAACGACCCGGCCAACCCGAAGAGGAAAGAGAUGACCUACGAAGGAGAAUUCCUGAACCUCACCCACAUCACGCGCUCGGACAUGGGUCCCUACCUCUGCAUGGCGAAUAACAGUGUGCCUCCCAUAGUCAGCAAGAGGAUUAUGGUGAACGUGCACUUCCGGCCUGUCAUCCACGUGCCAAAUCAGCUGAUCGGCGUGCCCAUCGGGAGCGAGACCACCUUGGAGUGUAACUUGGAGGCGUCACCGAAGUCCAUUCAGUACUGGACCCGCGAUUCAGGCGAGAUGCUGAUUAGCAACAAGGAAUAUAUCACACACGAAAAACACAGCAAUUUCUACAUGACGAAGAUGACGCUCACGAUCACCCAUUUUCGGAGCCAACACGCGGGAGAGUACUACUGUACAGCCAAGAAUUCCCUUGGAGAAGCACAAGGCCGGAUUAAGGUGUAUGAGAUGGAGCAGCCCACGGAGCCCCCGUCGUACUACGAGGAGGAGCUGGACCUGCACGAGAACGAGGUCGGGCGCAGCGGCUACACGCCCGACAUCUUCACGAACGAGAUUCCCGCGUACGGGCGGCCUCGCUCGUGGGAGGGCGACACCGUGCCGACCAAGUACAAUGACGUCAUCGCCAGAGGCGGCCACGGGACCUACGGCGGGCCCAAUCACCGCGCUCCCUCGCAGCCCUCGGUCGAGAAGAAGCACCCGAUUGGCGGAGAUCCGAAGGUGGGCAGGCCGACACGCCCACCCAGGUGGGGCUGGGACCAAUCAGGGGCGAGCUGGCUGAGGUUUGCCAACACUUCACUCGUGGCCAUUUUGUGCCUUGUCUGCCUCGCCCUGGCUUGACCUAGCUCGGCCUAACCUGCGGAAGAGAGGUCAACGAAGGAGACAAGGAGCAGGAGAGGAAGAGGAGCGCCGCCAAAGGGGCUUCCGGAGAGAGGGAGUUAGGAAGCCACAGGGAUGUUUUAGCAUAUCAUUUUAACCCAGUUGGGAGGGCUGUAAAUAUCUUGUAAAUAGCUAUGUAGUCACGUAAAUAUUGUAAAAAAAAAA